GCUUGGCUCCCUCCAUUGUAGAGGAGCUGUUUUCAGCUGGCUGCAGCGGUGACUGCCGGUUUUCUCUUCGGAUAGUGUUUUAGUACAGAGGCAAGAGAUAGCAAGGAGCAGGAGACAACUGUGUAUGGGAGGAAGGCAUCAGCACCAUUGUCUCCAUUAAUCACCCAGGGCCAUUGUGGUCCUGUCCUGUACACGGCGCCAGUACAGGCAGGCAGGCAGACAGAGAGAAGAGAGGAAGAAGCAGAGGAAGAGGGAGAGAGAGGGGGGCAGGGUGGCUGCAGGGAGAAAGAGGGGCAGAGAAUGGUUGGGGAACAGCCUGUAUGUCCACCUCAGCUCCUACUGCGGGGCUGGGGAGCAGUGUUGCUGUCUCAGUGCUUGUCCUCCGUGUUCUCCCAGAUCCCAGAUCCUGAGCUUUUACCGACAGAUCCCCCAAAGAAGCCAGACCCUGUGAACUCAGAGACUGUUGUUUUCUGGGGGCUGCGGUUAUGGCAGGUCAUCGGCAUCUUUUCCAUGUUUGCUUUGGCAGUUGUUAUCACUCUGUGUUGUAUUUUCAAAUGCCGAAUCCCAAGAACCAAAAAGGAAAUCGAGGCACGGCAUGCACAGAGGCAGGCUGCCAAGAAAUAUGCCAACACAUUAGAGACAGUGCCACCUCUCAAUGAGCUGACCGAGAUCCCAGGAUCUGCAAAAGCAGAAGAAAAAGAGGAGGUGACAACAGUUUCCGGGAAAGUGGAUGGUGAAAAAGGAGAGAAGAAGACCAAGGAGGGUAAGAAAGAGGGCAAGGGUGCCAAAGAAGAGAAAGGAGACGAAAAUGGCCCAUCAACAAAGAAGAAGGGUGAGAAAGGUGAAAAGGGAGCACCCAAGAAUGAAGAUGGGGAAAGUAAAGGGAAGAAAUCUGGAGAGAAAGAAGACAAAGGCGGAGCUAAAGGUGGAGCUAAAGGUGGAGCUAAAGGUGGAGCUAAAGGCAGAACCAAGAAACAGUGAACUCUGCCUUACACGCGAACAUUUAAAAAAAAGAUCAUUUCAUAUUUUUCACUGUAUU